UGUCGAUUAAGAUGAAUGGGAACGGGCUAGGGGGCCCUGUAUUCAUCGUGGGUGGUGAAAGGGGUGUGCGAGGGUUUAAUCUACGACAGGAUGCGCAGCUGUCCUUCCAGACGCCGGCAUCUGAAUCCGUUUUCUGUAUGUCAUGGUCAUGUUAGAUGGAAGCCGUCUAGCGCUUCCAUGGUUGAUCCCCUUCGCUUUACAGUAUUGUAGAUCAUCGUGUAAAAGCGCAAAAACAAAUGUAUUCGUUGUAACAUAUAUGUAUCUGCUUAUAGGUAUGGUGGCUAAAAGCGGUAUAAGCAAGUGGUCGUAACAACUAUUCAUAAAUUAAAGUCGGCAAGAUGAAAAGAAGAGCUACCGCUACUCCAUUAACAAUUUUCUGCUGGUGGUCCGAUAUGUUAAAGUUAGAAAUAGCAUCGAAGCGAUAAUUGGAUGGUGGCAAACCUGUCGACUGUCGAAUGUGAAUGCAUAGCCGAAGCCAAGCAGCGGAAUGCAUCACUAUCGGCGAAUCUAUCAGGUGCUUUCAUAGGCAGAUAGAGAAAGGAAGCGGAAGCGAAUUAUUGCCAAAAAAGCUCGAACGAUUUUCCUUCGGUGGGGUAGGUAAGGAGUUUACCCCGGGCCUAGAGCGCCGAGGAGGGAAGAAUCCCGAAGUAGGCUAAGAGCCGAAGUCGUAUGCAUACUGUCACUGGCAAGAGAAUAAUCAAAUCGCCAAAUUCACCACCUUGAAUGGCUUACGGUAUUAGGUGUGCAAGAGGAAACCAUGUUUUGCCCGCGGAAGGGGGUGGUAAAGUCAUUGUUUAAUGCGAUACAGUUCAAGCGAUGAUUUCCGCUUUGGGGAGAGAUUGAGCUUAUGUCGCGCUUUCAUUUCGUUCGAAUUUCAUGUUCAGGUCUUCGAUCAUAUCGUUACUGGCAGUGACCAGCGUCAUUACCCUUCCAGUCUCUAAUGAUUAAAGGAUAGAAAUAUUCCGAAAAUAACUACCUUUACAUCGCCAGAAACAUCAAGCCUUUGGGGCAAAUGAUUAUUAACUGAUGCACACCUGAUGAUUUGUUUUGUUUUGUAGUUUCAUUUCCAUUCUCUUCUCUUGUAUCCUGCCGUCUCAUUUUUUUUAAAAUAGAUACCAUCUACUGAUUAUGAUCUAAGAUAACCAAAAUUAACAGUCAUAAUUUCACCGCUACCCAUGUGAUGGAUUAUAUAGUUCUCCUAGUAUAGUAGUUAUGUAAAUAAGCGCGAGCGCGCAGCACCAGGAGGAAAGCUUGUCUCGCUUAGAGAUGACGUUUUCGGGAAGCUCCCACAUGGUCGGUUGAGAGCAAAAGAAUACAAGGAGGCAGAUUCACUCAGCAGAGAGAGAGAGAGAGAGAGAGAGAGAGAGAGAGUAAUAUGUUGUUGAAACGUUUGGUGAUGAUAAGAAUAAUGAAGUAGUGUCUGACUUAUAUCGCAUGAUCGAAUGAAUGGUGAAUGUUGGGAUGCGUUGAGCAAAGGAAAAGGGCCCGCCGGUCAGAGAAAGCUAUUUGCACAAGACAUUGUAGAUGUAGUGCGAGCAACGUGCCGUUGUUCAUUCCGCAAUAGACGUACUGUGUCCCGUACGUGCGUCCCUCUGUAUGUGUCGAGAGCAGAGGGACAGAAUUAGCCUCCCAGCCAACCGCAGACACUGUCUCCCGAUCGCAAAGGCCGGUAGCCCGUUCCGCGUCGUACAUGCACAUGCAACUCACCAAAAAAAAAACAAAAUAAAAAGAUUUAAAAAAAAAACAAGAUCGCAACCCGAAACCGGUGGUGUGGAGUUUGGGGCUGGCCCCUGCUGGCACGGCCAUGGCCGAGCUCCCAUCGGAAGGAGAGUGCUGGGCGCGAGGCGAAUGGGAGGACAGAAAUAAAAACAAAAACAAAC